CUUCUUCACGAAAUGCCGUUAUUGAAAGUGAUUUUCUCCAAUAUUACUAUCUUUUCCCUUUGCAUUUAUUCCACUCUCACUACAACUUCUUCUACGAUCAGCUUUCAAUGCCUCCUCUGAACCCACCUCAAAGUUUAGAUUUCUCUGUUUGAUUAGCUGGAGAAACCACAAUGUUCAUCUGUAAGCUUGCAGAUCUGAGGAAAACAAGUGAAUGAGAAAACUUUGAUGUGAGUAUUAUGACGAUUGUUGCGGCCUUCAUUUUCCUUUUGGUCUCGCCAUUUGUUUCAUCUUCAGACAUAGACACAGACAAACAAGCACUACUCGAGUUCGCAUCUCUAGUUCCACACUCCCGCAAACUCAACUGGAACACCACAAACCCAAUCUGCACAUCAUGGACCGGCAUCACCUGUUCCAAGAACAACGCACGUGUAACCGCACUCCGUUUACCUGGCUCUGGACUAUAUGGACCAUUACCUGAGAAAACCUUUGAGAAGCUUGAUGCUCUUAGGAUCAUUAGCCUUCGUUCCAACAACCUCCAAGGAAACAUCCCAUCUGCUAUCCUCUCUCUUCCUUUUAUCAGAUCACUUUACUUUCAUGACAACAACUUCUCUGGUACUAUCCCUCCUGCUCUCUCUCGUCGUCUUGUUAAUCUUGAUCUCUCCAACAACUCGCUAUCAGGCAACAUCCCCGCGAGUCUAAAGAACCUUACUCAGCUCACUGAUCUCAGCUUACAGAACAACUCUCUCACUGGACCAAUCCCUGACCUCCCUCCUAGCUUAAAGUACUUGAAUCUCAGCUUCAAUAACCUUAACGGUUCAGUUCCAUCUUCUAUCAAGUCCUUCCCAGCUUCCUCCUUUCAAGGUAAUAGCCUUUUAUGUGGUGGUCCGUUAACUCCAUGCCCUGACAACACCACUGCACCAUCUCCUUCCCCAAGUCCUGGUACAAGCAAAAGAGGUCUCUCUACUGAAGCUAUUAUUGGCAUUGCAGUUGGAAGUUCAGUUCUGUUGUUUAUCCUUCUUGUCCUCCUAACUCUCUGCUGUGCCAAGAAAAAAGAUGAUGGGCAAGACAGCACAGCAGUGCCAAAGGCUAAACCAGGGAGGAGUGACAACAAAGCAGAGGAGUUUGGAAGUGGAGUCCAGGAAGCUGCGAAGAACAAGCUGGUCUUCUUUGAAGGAAGUUCAUACAACUUUGAUCUUGAGGACUUGCUUAGAGCCUCUGCUGAAGUUCUAGGGAAAGGAAGCUACGGGACAACGUAUAAGGCCAUCUUAGAGGAAGGAACAACAGUGGUGGUGAAGAGGCUGAAAGAAGUAGCAGCUGGUAAAAAAGAGUUUGAGCAGCAGAUGGAAGUUGUGGGAAGGAUUAGUCCACACGUGAAUGUAGCUCCUCUCCGUGCUUAUUACUUCUCAAAAGAUGAGAAGCUACUCGUGUAUGAUUACUACCAAGGAGGCAGUUUCUCCAUGCUUCUUCAUGGUAAUGAGGGAGGAAGAGAGGCUUUGGAUUGGGAAACAAGGCUAAGGAUCUGUUUAGGAGCUGCAAAAGGAAUCUCUCAUAUACAUUCUGUGUCUGGUGCUAAACUCCUCCACGGAAACAUCAAAUCACCAAAUGUUUUGUUAACACAAGACCUCCAAGUCUGUGUCUCGGAUCACGGUAUAGCUCCAUUGAUGAGCCAUCACACUUUGCUGCCUUCAAGAAGCUUAGGGUACAGAGCACCUGAGACCAUAGAAACAAGGAAACAUACUCAAAAAUCCGAUGUGUACAGCUUUGGUGUACUGUUGCUAGAAAUGCUGACAGGGAAAGCAGCAGGGAAGACGACAGGGCGUGAGGAAGUGGUGGAUUUGCCCAAGUGGGUGCAGUCAGUGGUGAGAGAGGAGUGGACUGGGGAAGUGUUUGACGUAGAGCUUAUCAAGCAGCAGCAUAAUGUUGAGGAAGAGAUGGUGCAGACGUUGCAAAUAGCAAUGGCUUGUGUGUCAAAGCAUCCGGAUUCUAGGCCUUCCAUGGAGGAAGUGGUUAACAUGAUGGAAGAGAUUAGGCCUUCUACUGGUUCUGCUAAUAGAGUCUCUUCACCAGAGAUGAUUAGAAGCUCUGAGAGCCCGGUUUAGAUUGGUUCUUUUUCUUUAUUUCUCAAAUCAUUAUUUAAUUUACUUCUUCUUCUUGGGAAUAAACUUUUAGUAGUUCCUCUAUGUGUGAUGCCUUAAUUGUUGUAGUUCUUGAGACUGUUUUCUGUUUGUGAGGUUAA